AUGAAGUUGACUGUGUACAUUACUGCCGCCGUUGGUAUUCUUGGCAUAUGCCACGCCCAAACUGACCGCUUCGGAAAUCUUCUCAACCUGCCUCCGGAACUAGACGACUUGUAUUUCAAACUCGAUAAAUUCUGCAAAGAUCAGGGAGGAAACACUCCGAAUUCUGAGCUUGGUAAUAGUAUGUUGGCGUCCAAUAUUAUGGGAUUCCAAACCCGGUUGCAUUCAAGAACGGGGACUGCUAUCCCUACGAAAAAGACGGAGACUUGGCUCAAAUGGCUGUUUUUUGCAAAACAGUGGUUUGCACCAACCAACUGUGAGUAUUCUGUGAAUAUGAUCUUCGAUUUGCCUGACAGAAUACUCGCCAGUGAACCUGACUGCUCGGGUGGUCCAUGGCCGCCAACUGUGGUCCCUUUAUUUUCUGGUCUGGCAUUGAUCAAUGCACUGGAUUUUGUGCAGUUGAUAGGGCAGGGGAGGUUGGUUUGGUUGGAUAUAGUCAAGAGUUCUAUCUGCUAUAUUGGUAAACGAAGGAGAGAUAUCCUAGAGCAUAUAAGAUUAUCUUUGCAAUCUGCUGCGGUGAGCCCAUGGCAGGCAGCUCUCGAUGAAGAAUUGGAGCUCGGAGGCGGAACUCGAGGCUCCAACGAGUGCAAAUGGGAAAGGUGGCUGCUGGUGACGACUCGCAGCAGACGGCUGGAAUGGGAUGUUCCAUCACAGCCAGAUUUGCACCUGGAAGAGUGUGAAAGAGCCGCAGGAGGAAGGGGCAAAAAGAAACCCGCGCCGUUGAUGAGGUUGAAAAAUGAUAUUGUUCCGAAACUCCGCUGA